AGGCAGGCACUCAGGAAAGGAAAGCAGAACCAGAGAAACUCUACAAAGACUUGGACACCAUGGAUCUAAAAACGGCCUGUCUGUUGGUUUGUCUAUUGAGGACCAGCUUCGCUCUGCCACUGCAGAUUGGAAUUAUUGCAAGCAACAGCAAUGAGAUCCUAAGACUGAAUGGACUAACUCUUGCAGCACUUGCACAAGCACAGGCGGGAUCCAUAUUACCUCAGUAUGUGCUGCAGCAGCAGCAGCCAGAGGUGCUGCUCACCCCACAGAUGGUGAACUUCAACCCACAGAUGUCUGGUCCCUUUGGGCCCCAGGGGACUCAGCUGCUGUUCCCCACCCACGGCAACCAGCUAACACCCAUGUUUGUACCCAACGGCCAGCAGGAGCAGCUCGGGCCCUCACUGGACCCCAACGCUCCCCUUGUGCCUCAGCAGGCCCAAAACCCUAUGCAGAUGUUUCCACAGUUUCAGUACCCUGGUUAUGGAUUCCCUCAAUUUCCCAGACAGCAGGGAUUCCAGUACUUCAUGCCCUCAUAUGGCUACCCACAGCAGAGAAAUACAGUGGUGCUGCCGCCUAACAACGGUCAACAGAACCUGGAGAGAACCACACAGAGGCCACAGCUCCCUCUGCAGCAGGCCUCCCAGCCGAAGGUGCAAACAGAGAGAACAUGGCCAGUGGGGACACACAAAGAGGCUACUACAAUUCCUCCUAAUCCUCGUGGUGACGCGUCAGGUCCUGGGAUUGAUGAGGGGAACUCCAAUUUCCCGUUCCUGUUUGAGCCAUAGAUGUCAUCUGGAAAUAGCAACAAAUUGAUAAUGAAGAUAUUAAUGUCUGUGUA